UUUGAUUUAUCACAUUCUGUGUCAGUUACCAGCCACAACUCACUUUUUUAUUGUAAUUCUUUCAGUUUUUUGAUGAAUAUAACUCCAAACUAUUGGAAUCUUCCAAUUAUAUUACAAGGCGUCAAGCUGUGAAGUUGUUGGCAGAUAUGUUACUUGACCGCUCAAAUGCAGCUGUAAUGACACGAUAUGUCAGCUCAAGAGACAACUUAAGGAUUUUGAUGAAUCUUAUGAGAGAGUCAAGCAAGAGCAUUCAGAUAGAAGCAUUUCAUGUUUUCAAGUUAUUUGCUGCUAACCAAAAGAAGCCACCUGAUAUCAUCGGUAUACUUGUUGCAAACAGAAGCAAGCUUCUGAGACUGUUGAGUGACUUGAAAAUCGAUAAAGAGGAUGAACAAUUUGAAGCUGACAAAGCUCAAGUUAUGAAGGAAAUCGCUGCUCUUGAACCUAGGGAGUAGGGACCAUCCUUGAGCACCAUAUUCUGUCAAGUUGCACUGCACAUUUCAUUUUAUUUAUUUGUCUAUUGUUAUAGCUCUUUUAGUCUUCAUCAACUUGAGAUUAAUAUUUCACACACAGAUCAAUGUUUCCAUUCCAUAAAAUUAUUUUGGUUCUGUAAAUUUAGUAGUCAAAUAAAUUGCUAAAAUAAGAAACAUGCAGUAGAAGUAUAUUAUAUGGCUUUCUUGGUGUUAAGAAAGCGUUACCUUAGCAACUAAUUGUUUAUAAAUUGCAAGAGAUCAUUCAAAAUUUGACCAUCUACGAAAUGUAUGAUUAAUUUAAUCUAAUA